AAUGCAACGAGUGCCACAAUAUAUUCAACGACCGAUAAUUUAAGAUUCUUUUAGACAAACAUUCAAAUAGACUCUAGAUAAUGAAAAUACCUCUAAUCAAUAUCAAAAACGAAAACCCAUCUAAGCAUAUCCUUAAUAUCAAUCUACUUAAGUUCUUCAAAAACCUGAGAUACGUCCUAAUUCAUCAUAACCUAGACAACCAUCCAUUUAAGCAGUUCCUAGACCAUCUUCAGUUUCUAAUGAUAAAAGGGCUUUUUCAAAUUAGAAAUAACCAUGUAGAUCUUCAUUCAAAGAAUUGAAAAGUUCAACAUACAUUUAACCAUAACAAGCAACUCCAUAAUCUAGAUAUUUUUCAUAAAAAUAGACACCAGAUACUAAUUUAAUUAAAUGUUUGUCAGAUCAAUAAUUACAAAGUAAAUAAAUUGAUCAAUAAGAAUAUCAAAAAUUACAUGAAAAAUUGUAAUUCUUGGAGAAUAAAAUCAAUAAAAUUAAAUCUAACAUAGAAAUAAGCAAUUCUUAAUUAUAAAAAUAAUCUGAAAGAUCAAAACAAAAGCCUCUUGGUUUAGCAGCUAAAUUUUUUCAAAAAAAAGAUCAAGAAAAUAAUGAACCAAAAGAAUCAAAAACUCCUAAAGAAUUAACUAAAUGUUCAACUACUUUAAAUAUACAAUUAAAUAAAGCAUUAAAAUAAAGUUAAGUAAUAAAAGAAUAAAAUGAAUCAAGCAUCAAUUUAGAUUAAUUUGUUACAUAAGUUAAAUAACCAAAAAAACCAAUCUAAUAAUAAUCAUCAUUAAAUAGACAUCAAUCUUUAGAGAUUAAUUAAUCAUUUAAUUAAGUAACCAAAUCAAUAAUUAAUGAUAAAUCCUAUUCAUCUCAAAAACCUACCAAAGAUGAUCAUGUAUUCUUAUUCUUUAUCUUAGUUUCUAUACUAUAUAUCUAGUGUUGUGAGAUCCAUAUUUAUAUAGUAAAUAAAUAAAACAGAUGAAGUUGUUAGAGAUCAUAUAAUAUAAACUAUAUAAGUAAUUACUUUCUUUAUAUAUUAGGGUUUAGAAUAUGCUAGAAAUUUAUCAUUAGAAUUCUAAGAAGAUAAAAUUAUUAAUUUACCUAAAAAUAAUUAAUUUAAAACAUUAGUAUUUGAUUUAGAUGAAACUUUAAUUCAUUGUAAUGAAAGUACUUCUGUUCCUGGUGAUAUUAUUUUACCAAUUACAUUUCCUACUGGAGAGACAAUUUAAGCUUCAAUCAAUAUUAGACCUUAUGCUUAAUAGAUCCUUUAAACUUUGUCUCGACAUUUUGAAAUCAUUGUUUUUACUGCAUCUCAUUCAUGUUAUGCUAAUAUUGUUUUGGAUUAUUUAGAUCCAAAGAAACAAUGGAUCUCUCAUAGGUUAUUUAGAGAACAUUGUUAAUAAACUGAUGAAGGAGCUUAUGUAAAAGAUUUAAGGUGAAAUUUCUAUUUUAAUUUAUAGAGUACUUGGAAAUAGAAAAAUGUCAAAUAUUUUAUUAAUUGAUAAUGCAAGUUAUUCAUUUGGACAAUAAAUUGACAAUGGUGUUCCUAUUAUUGCUUUUUAUGAUAAUAAAUAAGAUUAGGUAAUUUAUUUUUAAUAAUUACUUUAAGGAAUUGCUCUAUCUAUAAAAUUACUUAAUGAAAUUCAGGGCAGUAACUGAUGUUAGAGAAUUGAAUUCUUAAUUAUUAAAAGUGAGUUCAUUCACCAACUAUUAAGAUCCAUAAUAAUUAUUACAAGAACUAUUUCCAGAAUAUAUACCAAAAUGA